CAACACCAUGGCCGAUCCUAGUGGAGCAGCGCCCCAACCAGGGCCAAAUGAUAUCUCAACAGCCAUACUUAGGCCAAAGAAAUCCCCAAAUCGUCUCAUCGUUGAUGAGGCGACCGCAGACGACAAUUCAGUUGCGACCCUCAAUCCUGCUACAAUGGAAAUACUCCAACUCUUCCGCGGUGACACGAUCAUCGUUCGUGGCAAGAAAAGGCGCGACACUGUUCUCAUCUGUUUGAGUUCUGAUGAGGUGGAGGAGGGGCGUAUUCAGAUGAACAAAGUCGCUCGCAAUAAUUUGCGAGUGAAGCUUGGCGAUAUUGUCAACGUGCACCAAUGUCUCGAUAUCAAAUACGGAAAACGGAUCCACGUUCUACCAUUCGACGACUCUAUUGAGGGAUUGAGUGGCAACAUCUUUGAUGUGUACCUCAAGCCUUACUUCUUGGAGGCCUACAGGCCAGUGCGAAAGGGCGAUACUUUCCUCGUCCGAGGAGGCAUGCGAACAGUGGAAUUCAAAGUCAUCGAAACCGACCCCUCCGAGUUUUGUAUAGUUUCUCAAGAAACGGUGAUCCACACUGAGGGUGACCCAGUGAAAAGAGAAGACGAAGAGUCAAAUCUGGCUGACGUUGGCUACGACGACAUUGGUGGAUGCCGGAAACAAAUGGCUCAAAUCCGUGAACUCGUGGAGCUGCCUUUGCGCCAUCCACAACUAUUCAAAUCCAUCGGUAUCAAGCCCCCACGCGGUAUCCUGAUGUUCGGUCCCCCCGGUACUGGUAAAACCCUCAUGGCCCGUGCGGUAGCCAAUGAGACGGGCGCUUUCUUCUUCCUGAUCAACGGCCCCGAGAUCAUGAGUAAGAUGGCAGGCGAGAGUGAGAGCAACCUGCGGAAAGCAUUCGAGGAAGCAGAGAAGAACUCGCCUGCUAUCAUUUUCAUUGAUGAGAUUGAUUCGAUUGCGCCCAAACGUGAAAAGACAAAUGGAGAAGUCGAACGUCGUGUUGUUUCUCAACUGCUCACCCUCAUGGACGGCCUCAAAGCGCGCUCCAACGUUGUUGUUAUGGCUGCCACCAACAGACCCAAUUCCAUCGACCCCGCCCUCAGACGUUUUGGUCGUUUCGAUCGUGAGGUUGACAUUGGUAUUCCUGAUCCCACUGGUCGUCUUGAGAUCCUCCGCAUCCACACGAAGAACAUGAAACUUGCAGAAGAUGUCGACCUCGAACAGAUCGCUGCUGACACACACGGCUACGUCGGUUCUGAUGUGGCCUCUCUCUGCUCAGAGGCUGCCAUGCAACAGAUCCGAGAGAAGAUGGAUUUGAUCGACCUGGACGAGGACACCAUCGAUGCUGAGGUGCUCGAUUCGCUUGGUGUCACCAUGGAUAACUUCCGCUUUGCCCUUGGAACCUCCAACCCCUCGGCUCUUCGCGAGACUGUGGUGGAGGUACCGACUGUUACUUGGGACGAUGUCGGUGGGCUGGAAAAGGUCAAGCAGGAGUUGCAGGAGACUGUGCAGUACCCCGUGGACCACCCCGAGAAGUUCCUCAAGUAUGGUAUGUCCCCGUCGAAGGGUGUCUUGUUCUAUGGUCCUCCUGGAACGGGUAAGACCCUGCUUGCGAAGGCGAUUGCCAAUGAGUGCAAUGCCAACUUUAUCAGUAUCAAGGGUCCUGAACUGCUCACGAUGUGGUUUGGUGAAUCCGAAGCCAAUGUUCGUGAUGUCUUUGACAAAGCUCGUGCCGCCGCACCCUGCGUCAUGUUCUUCGAUGAGUUGGACUCCAUUGCCAAAGCUCGUGGCGGAGGAGGUGCUUCCGGUGAUGGUGGAGGAGCUGGUGAUCGUGUUCUCAACCAAAUAUUGACGGAGAUGGACGGCAUGAACACCAAGAAGAACGUGUUCAUAAUCGGUGCUACGAACAGACCUGACCAAAUCGAUUCUGCGCUCCUCCGUCCUGGUCGACUUGACCAGCUGAUUUACAUUCCUCUCCCUGAUGAGCCUUCGCGAUUGUCGAUUCUCAAGGCUGCGCUCAAGAAGUCCCCUGUUGCCCCUGAGGUUGACCUUUCCUUCUUGGCGAAGAACACGCAUGGGUUCUCUGGUGCUGACUUGACGGAGAUUUGCCAGCGGGCGGCCAAGCUGGCCAUUAGGGAGAGUAUUGAUGCGGAUAUUAGGGCUUUGAGGGAGAAGAAGGAACGUGAGGAGGCUUCGGGUGAUGCCAAGAUGGAGGAUGAUGAGGAAGAGGAGGACCCUGUGCCUCAGAUUACAAGAGAACAUUUUGAGGAAGCCAUGAAGUAUGCUCGUCGAUCGGUGUCUGAUCAGGAUAUCAGGCGUUACGAGAUGUUCUCACAGAAUCUGCAGCAGUCUCGCGGGUUUGGAAAUAACUUCAAGUUCCCGGAAUCUGAUGGGACGGCUCCUGCCGGCGUACAAGCUUCUGGUAAUGCCGGGUUUGCUGAAGACAAUGCCGACGACGACCUCUAUGCUUGA